AUGCUCGUUGGUUCAAUAGCAUUAAGUACUCGUUUAUAUGAUGCUGAUGAAAAUACACGCAAACAUAAUAUAACAUGUUAUCUUGAACCAACUAAUCACGAAUCAAAGACAAGCAAUAGUAAUUCAAUUUGUUUUAAAACUGUUAUCACGUUAACUAAUGACAGAAAAGCUGAAGAAAUACAUAUUCCUUCAUUUGUUAAAUAUUUUAACAACCCAAUAUUACAACCUAAUUCAUUAACAAUACUAUAUCCAUAUACAACAAAGGAUGGUGAAGAUUUUAUUCAAAAAAUAAAAUUAGAUUCAUUAAAUUUAACACGUAUUUUUACUAUUCGUUUACGGACAAGCACUGAAUUGAUAGGUGAAUGUGGCCUUGAUCGUUCAGUUAAAAAUGAAAAACGAACAGAAAUUGGAUAUUGGUUAAAUGAAUCAUAUUGGCACCGUGGUUUAAUGUCUAAAGUUGUAAGAAUAGUAAUUGAAGUAAUAAAAAAUGAAUGGAAAAAUUUAGUUCGGAUUGAAGCACAAAUAUUUCCAUGGAAUAAAGCAUCAAUGCGAGUUGCAGAAAAAUGUGGUUUUGUAUUUGAAGAAGUACUACUUUCAUCAUUUCUUUCACCAUUAAUACAGUUUUCACAUAGUACACAUUCGGAUUUUAAAUCACCAUCAGUGUAUGAAAUGAGUGUUCCAUUAUUUUCUCAAUCGAAGACUUGUUUUGUACAUCAAUUGACUUCAUACAAGUUGGUUUUAACUACUACAUUACUCUAUCGAGAUGAAAAUAUCAUUCCAAAAGAAAUUGGACAAAAAAUUGAUUAUGGAUAUGAAACAAUGGUGGCGAUUUUCUGA